AGAAGUUAAAUUUUGCCCAAAAAACUUCGAAAAUGGCCUCAUUUUUAAGAGAACAUUUGCUAAGAAUCGGAAAAUUCGUUGCCUUAGCUUCGGCUACAAGUGGUGCGUUAAGUUAUGUUAGUUUUUCAACAGUUUUUGCGAAAGAAAAGCGUUCUGAGAGUUCGUUUAUGGCCGAGCCAGUGACCCCACGUGAAAAGCUAGUGGCAGGCGAUAUGAGGACUCGAAUGGAACUGAUGAUCAUGCAAAUGCAGCGAGAGUUUUGUGAUGAGCUAAUGCGACUGGAUGGAUCUGCUUUCAAGGUGGAUAAAUGGGAGCGGCAGGCUGGUGGUGGAGGUAUCACAUGUGUUAUACAGGAUGGUGAGUUCAAGUUGUAUACUGUAUGCAAAUGUAAACCCCCGCACCCCCCCGGCCGGGGCAUAGCGGGGUAUUUGACUUCCGCCUAUGUCAAAUGUCGUCAAAUGCCCAGCAACACAGGGCAAUAUUUUUAUUCUAAUAGCAUGAAAUACCCCGGUAAAAAGCCUCGGCUCCUUUUCAAAAACUUUUGUUUGGAGUAAGCGCUUAGGCAGGUACAAAACAAAACAUCAAAAAGUACGGGGCACUCAAAGAAAGCAUACCUCCGCCAGCGAAUUAAGUUAUAUAUCAUAUAUAAAUUAUACAAUCAGCUAAUUACGCAUUCUGUUUACUCUGCCCAGGAAAGCAAGACAAACAUUUUCAAACUAAUUUCUUAUUCAAAUGUCAUCCAAAUUGAACCAAAAUUUAAUCAGUUAGUGCUGAGGACAUGUGUAUUCCUUCAACAAACUUUCGUGAAUAUCUGUUCACUACUUUUUGAGAUAUUCUGGUUACAGCCGGACAGACAUCCAGACAAACAAACAGGGGUGAAAACAUACCCUCCUGGCGGAGGUAACAAACAAAAUUUUAAUGAAAACAUUUGUGAAAGUGAUACUCAAUCAGCCGAACAAUCGUCACAAAUCCAUGGAUUGGUUGGAACUUCAACAUUUACACACUGGGCAUGGUACUCGCUUAUUAAACACUCGUUGUUUGAACAUUUGAGAACUAAUCGGCGAGUGACAUUUCCGGUCUGUUCUCCGUCAAUGGAAAAAGCUCCGGCCCCUUGCCCCGGUGAAUGUAUGCUGAACAAAAGAUGUAAAAUACCCCGAUAUGCGCGGACGUUUUCUUUGUCAAAUCACAGGAAAUUCCCCAGUAAUGCCCCGCUGUGUCCCGGCCGGGGGGUUUACAUUGACUGAUGCAUAAUACACUUUACUCAUAUAACCAUCUAGUAGUGGUAGGUAGGGGCUGGGGCGUGACCACAGUCAGACCUGUCAAGUUUUGAAAAAUUUUAUGCGGGAAGGAUUUCCUUAGGUUAGUGUCCAUGGGGCGCUCCCAUAGUUGGUGCGCCCUGGGGGGAAAUUUUGAAAUUUUAGUUCCCCAGAUCGCCAGAAUAUUACCUUUCUGAGGUUUUUCUUUCGCCUUUUUCGAAGCACAAACUUAUGUGUGUUCAUGCUAUAAAAAUAUGAAAUGUUAGCAUCGCUUCUUCCCAAACGGCAAAAAAUAGCGCUCCUCAGGCUCAGGAGUCUCCCAGCUUUUUGUCUCUUUUUGAUAUGCGAUUGAGACACACAUUUUCAAGACUUCUCAAGACUUCUGGGUACUGGCGUUGGCAAAAAGAAUGCAAACGUUCUCCAAGCCAGUGCUCGAAGAAGUAAGGAUGCCCAAGCGUGGGAACUAUUUCGUUCAGCUCGCAACCGCCUCAAAGCAUUAAUUAAAACUGCUAAAAAGAAAUUCACGCAAAAAAUGCUUUCUUCUAAGAAACCCAAGGAAGUAUGGAAAGUAAUACAUCGCAUCUUGCACCCAGAGCCGCGUAGGAUCACCAUUCACCCUGACAAACUCAAUUCUCAUUUUACUUCAACGGCAGAACGUACAAUCGGCACUGACGUCUAUGAUAACAACAGUUACGACACUAUAAGAAACAUGAUCGAUUCGCUUCCCCCAGACUACGACAAUGGCUUCCAUAUAAAUCCUGUCACACUGGGCGAAGUUGUAAAUGAAAUACGUUGUCUACGAGGAGACUGUUCCACAGGACCAGAUCACAUUCCAGCAAAAAUGAUCAAAAUUGUGGCCGAAUAUUUGGGUUCUCCAUUAACCGAUAUCAUUAACACCUGUAUCGCGAAUCGAAGCUUUCCGUCCGCGUGGAAGAUUGCGCGUAUUUGCGCAAUCCCAAAAGUUAAGCAAAUCACCUCUGAAAAUGACCUGCGGCCCAUAUCAAUCUUGCCAGUACUGUCGAAAGUGUAUGAACGCCUAAUCUUUCGCCAGCUUUCCAAAUUCAUCGAUGAUAACAAAUUACUGAGUAGCACCAUCUCUGCAUAUCGAAAGGGCCAAUCCACCACAACGGUCAUGCAAGCCAUACGAGAUGACAUCACAAAGCAAUGAGUCGUGGAGAAGUCACGAUGAUGAUCUUCGCUGAUUUCUCGAAAGCUUUCGAUACGAUCCGUUUUAAAAAUCUCAUCUCGAAAAUGAGCAAACUGGGCUUUUGCAAGGAUUUUCUUACAUGGACACUAAAUUAUGUCUCACAUCGUAAACAGUACGUUCAGAUUGAUGAUAUUAGAUCGAAUACAACAAAUGUUAAUUUCGGCGUACCACAAGGAUCGAUAUUGGGGCCGGUUUUAUUUAAUAUAUACGUUGCCGACCUUCAAGAAACUAUCGAUGCCAAAAGCCAUCAAUAUGCUGACGACACAACAAUCUAUGAGCAUGCCAAGGUCAAACAUAUUCAUAGAUGUAGAGAAACCAUAUCUGAUUCAAUGAAAAAACUCAACGACUGGUCAAAUAAUAGCAGCCUUGCCUUAAACCAUAAGAAGACGAAAGCAAUGCUUUUCUCAACUCAACAAAUGUCAAGAGUCCACCAAUUGGAAAAUUAUGAACCUAGAAUAUUUGUCAACGAACACGAACUAGAGCGCAUAAAGUCAUGCAAGUUGCUUGGCGUUCAUUUCAACGAACACCUAAAAUGGGACAACCAUAUCCGUCACAUAAAAUCUGCCUGCUACGCCACCUUGCAAAUAUUAAGGAAACUUAAACAUCUAGCUUCUUAUUACCUUAGAAAGCAGUUAGCUGAAACGCUAAUAUUAUCCAAAUUGGAUUAUGCUGAUGGUGUUUUCUAUCCACUCCCGCAGUUUCUAUCGAGGCGCUUACAGAAAGUUCAAUUUGCAACUGCUAGUUUUGUCUUGGGUCGAUAUGUUAAAGAUCAAAAGGAUAUCCUGGAAGUUGGAUGGCUUCCAGUUAACGAAAGAAGAGACCUCAACAUCCUGAAAUCGAGUUUCAAAGCCAUGUACUUCCCAGAGUGACCAGAGUAUCUAAAGCUAGAACGACAAACUUGCGUUCGAGAACUGCGCUCAACCAAUGCAGUUAGACUAGUCGUGCCAAAAGAAACUGGAACGUUUCAACAUAGUGCUGCGAAACUUUUUAAUUCCUUACCUGAGAACAUCAGGAAUUGUACUAAUUACAAAGUAUUUUUAAAAUUAACUAAAGAACUUUUAUUCGAAAGAGCACGCCAAAACUAGUUUUUAAUCCGAACAUCGAUUUUAUCUAAUUUCAACACAUAAACGUUAUAGUUCAUAGUUAUAGAAUAUAGUAUUUAAUUAGUAUUUUAACAGGGAAGAGCCAUAUGUAUGGAUCUGUUGAAUAAAUCGUUAUUAUUAUUAUUAUUAUUAUUAUUAUUGAACAUUUGAACAUUGUGCAAUUAAUGAAAAGAAAUGGGAGUAAUUGCCCCACAGGAAGAAACCUCGGCAAGUUAAGUUAAAAAUGCAGGAAGAAAGUCACAUGAUGCGUGAAAGCAAACAAAAAUGCGGGAAUUUCACGGUAAUUGCGGGAAACUUGGAAGGUCUGCACAGUGGGAAUUGCUCCCCCCCCCCCUUUUGUCAGGGCCAAUUUUUAAAACUUUUCAAAACUGAGCAGGGGCAGAUCUAGCCUCAUAUGCAAGGAGGGUUACGCUCCUGAGUAGGUGGAGUGUCUAAGAUGCAUGUUGACGGCAGUGCUUUCAAAAUCGCCUGCCUGACGUUCCGGGGCAACCAAAAAUUUGUGUCGGGCAACUAAAAUCUCUUGACUAAUGUCCCGAAGGGCAACCACACUUUGGUGUUUUCACUGUUUUGAUUGUUUUAAAUUUUGUGUAUUUAAUGUCUUGUUGUUCCGUCAUCAAGUGUUAAUAAAGCUGCGUCAAAAGAUAGCCAUUUACCUUUUUGUAUGAUCAGAUGUCAGAAUACUGAUUUGAUAUUUCAGUAAAAUUGUCCAGAAUAUUUACUUGAUUGUGAGUUUUUUGCAAGGAGUAAAUAAGCGCCCACGCUGAUUCACCUCAAAGAUUAUUACUGUAAUUCGCAGAACAUAUUUAAAUUAUCGAGAACUGAUUUAAAUUAUUUUAUUCAAAUGUUUUGAAUGGUAAAAAUUAUGUUUAUUAAUUAAUAACAUUCACAAAACUGAGUAAAAAUUUAUGUAGAACAAAACAAUUUUAACAUUUUAACAUUUAACAAUUUUAACAAAAAUCAUUUGAUUCCUUUGAUCAGCAUUAAGUCAGUCAUUCUUUUAUAACUAGUCUAAAUGGCGAGGAUUUGUUCCGGCAAAAACUCAUUUAGAAUAAAAAAACCAGACGCGCGAUUUCAUACUCUUGAAACAAACCAGGCGCACAUUAAAAGGCGCGUCUCGUUAAAGGCGCCAGAGGUAAGAGUAACUUGUAACACAGUAGCAAUUGUAACUUAUUAACAGUUAAAUAAACACCGGCUUUGUUGUGGUUCAUUCAACUCCAUUCUUUUAUUUUUAUCUAAUUUAAUGUGGGCAAGUGAGAAAUUGCCUCGGGCAACCAAAUUGUGAGUGUUGUCUGCCCCAAGGCCAAAAUUCAGGACCCCGGAUUAAGGUAUACCAUACCAUAACUCCAUUGUACAAUAAGUUUUGAAUUUCGAAACUGACCAGCAGUGGACUGAAUAAAAUUUUUUUCUAUGCGAUAUAUCUACUAAGCCCUGUUAACGAGGUCAUUAAACAAUUUAGGUAAGGUAUUUGAGAAAGCUGGCGUGAACAUCUCUGUUGUGUAUGGCGACCUUCCUAAAGCUGCCAUUCAACAAAUGAAACAAAGAAACCAACUAAAAGGUUUGAAGGACAGCGAUAAACUUCCGUUCUUUGCGACAGGUAUAAGUUCCGUAGUUCACCCACGGAAUCCGAUGGUGCCAACAAUUCACUACAAUUACAGAUAUUUUGAAGUACAGGACCAGGAUGGUAAGAAGUCAUGGUGGUUUGGUGGUGGUACUGAUCUCACACCAUAUUACCUUGACGAACAGGUACAGUACAGUAUGUCCUUUAUGUAUUAGCAUCCUAUACAUAAAUCUGUAGAGAAAUUUGAUGGGAGGAGGACUGUAA